CUCUGAAGUCACAAGGCUCUGCAAUGCCCCCACCAAGGUGGUGUACUGAAAACAACAUGGAAACGCAUGAAGGUAUCGUUUCAAUACCAACAGCCAGACGCUGUCCAAAGCUUUCUAAAUGACAGUGAGCAGGCUAGCCAAAUAGACAGCUAAACAGGUUGCCAAAAGGACAGGAUAGGAGAAGAUCUGGAAACUACAGAAAAACUGGGCACGUAUCUGGUAGACGACGUAAAGCUGACCAGCCGACGGCAAAACAGGUUGUCAAAAAAAACUGCCAAGUAAUUGCCACAAGAUAAGAAAUGGAAUCCUUGCAGCGAUGACUUACGCCGGCGACACACGCAGCGCUGACAGUCAAGAUGUAGUCCUCGUCGCCAACAAACGAAAGCCUAACUUCACGGAGGGAGAAAGCUUGUUCUUAAUCUCUCAGUUUGAGCGAAACUCGGAAAUACUCACUUCGAAGUUGAACGAUGCGACUACCAACAAACAAAAGGUCGAAGUGUGGAAGGGCAUUUGCAGAGAUUAUAACAGCAAGAAUCCGAUCGUCCUACGUACUGCUAACGAUUUAAAGAGAAAAUGGAAAAACAUGGUUCGCGCGGCAAAGAAAGAAUUGUUGGAAUCGACCGCACAUUCAGAAAGUGGCGAACAAGUAGCGCCUAAGAAAUUGUCACCCGUGAGUGAGAAAAUUAUAGAGAUAUUACGCAUAACGACCUCUAAUUGUGGGAUCGGAGAGGGAGCGGGGAUGAGCAUCGAUAGCAGUUUUGCCAAAACUGAUCAGUCAGAGCAAGGUUUAUCGGAGGACGGAGAACAAGAGGAGGGGGAGCUUGCCGAGCAAAAUGGAGAGCCACAAAUUGUGCAUGUUGUGGCAAAAUCUGAAGAAACAGUUUUCACAGCCUCAAACAAUGAGCAGACUGUAGAGGACACUCAUCGGGAAAAUUCCAGCGGAGAAGCAGCCUGUUUCUCGGCUUUCAACCGACAUACUCCGAGUUCGAAAGAUCUGGAGAAGAUCCCAUGUCAGGUCCUUCCAAACAGUAGCGGUUUUCAUGGUAGAUCUUCCGUUCCCAUGAACGUUGUCUCCUCCUUUCCGGAAGUCAAGAAGUUGCCUAGUCAACCUAAUAUGAUCACAGCGAAUGCUUCUAUAGGCGGAGGGGACAGGCAUCGCAUUCUCAUGCUGCAACAGAAACGAAUGCUCUCCUCUCCGCUGGCGCACGUGAUCAAAAAGAAAAGAAAUUCCGAAUAUAGGAAUGAGUCACCCAGUUCGCACGUGCGGGAUGAAAUAGAUAAACUCAAGAAGGAAAAACUUUUACUGGAAAAGGAAAAGCUGGCUUUGGAAAAGGACAAGUUGAUUAUGGAGAAGGAAAAGCUUGCUCUUGAAAUCCAGUUCCUGCGAGAUCAAAUAGAUGCCUAAGGGAAAGUCGUUUCCGCUUGGCUUUGGAUUGAAACAAUGACUGCCGCACAAUGAUCACAACAACAGAGUUGUUUUCUAAGAGGGUUGUCGUAAAUAGAAAGUCUUUUAAUCCUCCAUUUCAGUGUAAAGAAAAGUUUGGGAAAUUUUAUGUCAAAACAACUUUGAUCUUCGUGAAACAGUUGUUAAAGACUGUUGAGUUAUCAGCUGGUUUGUAACUUUACUAGCGAAAAAAACUACGUUACUGUACCAUCUAUUUCUGAAAUUGAUAUUGAUGACCAAGGACCCAGGGUAUUUUACCGAGUCCGUGGCUUUGCACUCUGCUGACGCAGAUUUGAGAAACUCUUGCGAAACAUUCGCUACCAAACUUAACAUAAGAGUAAAAGAGCAUAGCGAACCGGGAGAAACUGGAGAUUGAGAUUUGGACGACGCUGUAAAGCUUUUUCAAAAUUCUCCUUUUCUAAAGACUUAACUGAAAAGGAUUCUUGACCAAUGGCUUCACGACCGGAGACUUCUACAUGAAGACUAUUGCGUAAACGAACCAAGAACAACAAUUUUAAGCCUUAGAAAUAAUUACGAGCCAACUUAUGUAGUUCCAUUUUACAUCCGUUCAUACGGAACUGGUCUAUAAUUUCAUAUGGACAUUUUAUGCGUUUUUGUCAAAUGACAGACAAAAAAAAUCACUGUUGAAUAAUGUUACAUAGCUCUUUGCAGCUUUUGAGCUUUGGUCAAACAAAACAUAACGACAAUUUUGCUGAUUUCGGUGAAUUUGUAACCAAAGCUUUCUAGUGGUAUGUAUAAUCUGAAUUAAAUUGCAUCUAUAAGACAAAAUUAAUUACGAAGGAAAUGUUAUGUCGCGGUUGGUUGCAAAUAUUGCGCACCUUUAUUAACAACGUUAUCUUUACUUGAGCUCGAAAAUGUGACGAGAGAUCAUUCUAGAUCGAAUUGGUGUGGUGAAAAUAAAAUGACUUCUGAUAGUUUUGUUCGGUAAUUUUCGCCCAAAUAGGGACUUAGUGCAUAGUGCAUUUCAAAGAUCACAUAGAAAUGCCAAUAAAACCUCACCCGUUUUUUAUGCAUGAAUGGUUGUUAUCCGAAGCAUGUA